AUGGUUUACGGUCGAGGCGCUGCAUGGCGGGCAGCACUGCGACAGUCACCUACGCGCGCGUACACGACUGCAAGAGCACCAUGUAGGAUAUACCAGACGCAGCUGUCUGCACGAUUACCAUCGCCACAAUCCUUAAGCACGAGACCGCAAUCCUACCUGCGCACGACCAUCCCACUGUCACGCGACUUCUCCACAUCUCCGGCGCGGCGGAAGGAGAAGCUUCCACCGACCGCAGAAGAGCUCGUCGAGGAAGCAGAGAAACAGGUGGAGAAGGAGGACCAGGCAGAGGCGAAGAGCAAGACUUCGGAGCCUACACCGAUUCCUGGACUGACGGAUGGCAAGGCAUCAGCAGCAGGAGGUGCAGGUGGUGGCGAGUCUGGAUCAGGUAGCGGUGGCGAUGGGCCUGGACGAAAGCGGAAGAACGAGAAGCGAGAGCUCGCAAAGCCUCAAGUACCGGAUGUGUACCCUCAGGUUCUUGCGAUCCCGAUUGCACAACGGCCACUUUUCCCUGGCUUCUACAAAGCUAUCACGAUUCGAGAUCCGAACGUUGUCGCGGCAGUGCAGGAGCUGUUGAAGCGAGGGCAGAGCUAUGUCGGAGCCUUUUUGUUGAAGGAUCAGGAUAGCAGCCAGGAUGUCAUCAACGAUCCGAGUGAGGUGUACGAUGUGGGAACCUUCUGCCAGGUAACUGGUGCUUUCCCAGCCGGACACGGCGAGGAGAAGGCUUUGCAGGCUGUGCUCUAUCCUCACAGAAGGAUAAAGCUGAGUGAGCUCAUUCCACCGAAUCGAGCGGAGGAGAAGAAGGGCGAUGUGGUGGCAAGCUUUGAGGAAUCCGCGGCUGAGAAAGAGGCGAAGGAGAAGGACAACAAGCUGCAGCUGCAGCAGCCGACGGACUUCUUGCGAGACUGGCCAGUCAGUCUGGUGAAGGUGGAUAACCUCGCCGACGAGCCGUUUGACAAGCGCUCGCCAACAAUUCGCGCUUUGAUCUCGGAGAUUGUCAACACCUGCAAGGAGAUUGGCAGUGUCAACACAUUGUUCAGAGAUCAUGUCUCUGCCUUUGCGAUGUCUCAGUCCGCAGCCAACAUCGCGGAUGAGCCCGCGAAGCUCGCCGAUUUUGCUGCUGCGGUUUCUGGCGGUGAGAUGGAGGAGGCUCAAGCAGUCUUGGCUUCCCUUAACAUCGAACAGCGACUCAGCAAGGCGCUCGAGGUCAUCAAGAAAGAGCACAUGAACGCACAACUCAGCAGCAAGAUUUCGAAAGAUGUCGAGAGCAAGAUCCAAAAGCGUCAGCGCGAGUACUGGCUGAUGGAGCAGAUGAAGGGUAUCCGACGUGAGCUUGGCCUAGAGAGUGACGGAAAAGACAAGCUCGUGGAGAAGUUCAAGGAGAAGGGCUCGAAGUUGGCUAUGCCGGAGGUCGUCAAGAAGGUCUUCGAUGAGGAGCUUAACAAGCUGGCUCACCUUGAACCCGCAGCAAGCGAGUUCAACGUGACGAGAAAUUACCUCGACUGGCUCACGCAGAUUCCGUGGGGUCAAAGGAGUGCUGAGAACUUUGGCAUUCAGCACGCUCAGGAGGUCCUGGAUGAGGAUCACCACGGUCUGAAGGACGUCAAGGAUCGCAUCCUCGAGUUCAUCGCGGUUGGAAAACUGCGUGGCACUGUCGAGGGCAAGAUUUUGUGCAUGGUCGGACCUCCUGGUGUCGGAAAGACGAGUAUCGGCAAGUCGAUCGCAAGAGCGCUCAACAGGCAGUACUACCGCUUCAGUGUUGGUGGUCUGACUGAUGUUGCUGAGAUCAAGGGUCAUCGACGAACAUAUGUUGGUGCUCUGCCCGGUCGCAUCAUCCAGGCGCUGAAGAAAUGCCAGACUGAGAACCCUCUCAUUCUGAUCGAUGAGGUCGACAAGAUUGGCCGCGGUCACCAGGGCGAUCCGUCAAGUGCGCUUCUCGAAUUGCUGGACCCCGAACAGAACAACUCCUUCUUGGAUCACUACAUGGACGUGCCGGUGGAUCUUUCCAAGGUCCUCUUUGUUUGCACAGCCAACAUGACCGAUACGAUCCCACGCCCCCUCCUCGAUCGAAUGGAGAUGAUCGAACUCUCCGGCUAUGUCGCUGACGAGAAGAUGGCCAUUGCCGAACGCUACCUGGCACCUCAGGCCAAGGAGCUCAGUGGUCUGAAAGACGUCGAUGUCGACCUCAGCAAAGACGCCAUCAACGAGCUCAUCAACAAGUACUGCCGCGAAUCCGGUGUUCGCAACCUGAAGAAGCAGAUUGAAAAGGUCUACCGCAAGUCCGCAUUGAAGAUCAUCCAGGACCUCGGCGAGGAGGUCCUGUCCGAAGACAAAGCGCUCACAGAAGAAGGCAAAGCUGCCGCCGAGGAGUCCAAGAAGGACGACACUGAGGUCAAUGUCACUCCCGAGACCAUCGAGCAGGAGACCACCGAGGUCCCACGUGUGGCUCUCAAUGUCCCUGACAGCGUGCACGUGAACAUCACCUCCGAGAAUCUGAAAGACUACGUUGGCCCUCCCGUCUUCACCUCCGACCGUCUUUACGAUGUCACUCCACCUGGUGUAGCAAUGGGUCUCGCCUGGACGCAAAUGGGUGGUGCCGCACUAUACGUGGAAUGCAUCUUACAGAACGCUCUACGAUACAACUCCUCCCCUGGCUUGGAGCGAACUGGAAACCUCAAGGCAGUGAUGAAAGAGUCCACGCUCAUCGCCUACUCGUUUGCUAAGGGCUUGCUGGCGAAGCAGUUUCCUGGUAAUAAGUUCUUCGAGAAGGCAAGACUUCACUUGCAUUGCCCCGAGGGUGCUGUGCAGAAAGAUGGACCGAGUGCCGGUAUCACGAUGGCGACGAGUAUGCUGAGUUUGGCGCUGGACCGACCGCUGGACCCAACGAUUGCGAUGACGGGUGAGCUGACGGUUACGGGUAAGGUUUUGAGGAUUGGAGGGUUGAGGGAGAAGACUGUCGCGGCACGACGAGCGGGCGCGAGAAUGGUCAUCUUCCCGAGGGACAAUUUGAGUGAUUGGAUUGAGUUGCCGGAGAACAUCAAAGCAGGCAUCGAAGGCAAGCCGGUCGACUGGUACUCGGACGUCUUCAAGCUUGUGUUUAACGACAUCGAUGAGUCGCAGGUCAAUGGACUUUGGAAGAAGGAGCUCGCUAAGCCGCCGAAGGAAGAGAGGGAAAAGGAGGAUGGCCAUGACGAUUAG